AAACAUUUCCAGCGUUGAACUGUAAAAGCACGAUUAAGACAAAAUAUUUGUUAUUAUGGAAAUUCACAAGUACUUACUGCGUUUUAUUUCAUGUCCCGGCAUAUCGUGAUUUAUUUACAGAACGUGUGCAUAAAGGUUGGCCACAUCCCAUUCCAUCAGAGUGCUCAACAGCUCAUGUCCGACUUUCCUCAACGUUUCUCCCCAUCUUUGAUUUUAUUGACAACCAUUGGUUGUUAUUGAAGAUUUUAGGAUACGCUGUAAACACCGAUUGUUCGAAAUCCACAGUAAAGGUUAGCUAACCUUGGCGUUAGCAAACGAGCUCCAGGGAUGGCGGAGGUUCCUGGGACGUCAAGUGAGACGAUAACGGAGACUGUUCAAACCAGCACACCGCCACCGCCCCAGCAGGAGGGACGCAGUUUGACAAUCAAGCUUAGGAAGAGGAAAACUGAGAAAAAGGUGGAAUGGUCCAGUGACACAGUUGACAAUGAGCACCUGGGGAGGAGGUCUUCAAAAUGCUGCUGCAUUUAUGAGAAGCCUCGACAGUUUGGCGAGUCGUCCUCUGAAAGCGAGGGAGAUGACGACGAGGAAGGGUGUGGCAGCGCGCAGUGCAUCCUGGGCCACGGACGGAGGGAUCACGGACAGACGGAGGGCGGGGGACCCACUGCGCCCCCUAAAUCUGGAAGGUCACAUGCUCAUUAGGUAGCCCUGCAAAGGGGUGAGUGGCAGGGUAUUUGGAUGGAGGGAGGGCGUUCUUCAUCACGACAUUGGCACAGGCUUGCAGUCAAACAUUAAGAUCGGCCAUCAUAGAGAGAGAGAGACAAACUUCAUGCCAUCUUCCACACAGGCUACUUGAACCAUAAAGCACACAGAGCCCAGAUGUAAAUCUGCUCACCCCUUUUCACAAACGCUCCCCAUCUUGACAAGCUGUGUUAUAGCGAUAAACUUUCUUCUAAUUGACUUUUUCAAAAAGACAUGACAAAUAAAAACAAUAUCAGAGCGAGCAGCAGGGGAGGAUCCAUCACUCGACUCACAUUUAAUCCACACGUCCAUAUUAAUGCACUUGUGUGCGAUCAAGUUUGAAGACACAUUAUACAAAAUCAAGCCUGAAAGUUAAGAACAUCGGUAAUCCAUUUUGACGACUUUUCUACGAAGAUAUACACUUGACAUCUUUAGGUGUGAUUCUCUUCAUAUGUACAUACUGUAAACAUCAGCAUUCCGGUGGUUUAUAGUAGGUACUGUAUGUCUCUUUUCAGCCAUUUUAUGGUUAAAGCCUUCUUGCUUGCUACAAACAGGACUCUCAAUAAACAUUUAUCAUCAUUUUCAUUUCAAUUGAUACACAAAAACUGCCAUGAGUUUGAGGUCAACUUUCUGACUUACACACACCUGUAGAAGGGAGUGUGUGGUUCUAUGCGUUAAGACUUCUGAAAAUGGACAAGGACUUGCACAGUAAAAUGAUGUCAUGUAUUUUGCGCUUGAUCAUACACACCACAGAAAUAUACUAUGAGGGGAAAAAUUUAAUCCAGAAAAUCACUGUCUGAUUUUUAAAUAAUUUAUUAGCAAAUUAUGGUAGAGACUGGCUAGGCCACUCAAAGACCUUGUAAUGCUCCUUACGAAGCCACUCCUUCGUUGCCCACGCGGCGUGUUUGGGAUCAUUGUCAUCAUGAAAGACCAAGCCACGUUUCAUCUUCAAUGCCCUUGCUGAUGGAAGGAGGUUUUCACUCAAAAUCUCAACGAUACAUGGCCCCAUUCAUUCUUUCCAUUACACGGAUCAGUCGUCCUGGUUACUUUGCAGAAACACAGCCCCAAAGCAUGAUGUUUCCACCGCCAUGUUUCACAGUAGGUAUGGUGUUCUUUGGAUGCAACUCAGCAUUAUUUCUCCUCCAAACACAACAAGUUGACUUUUUACCAAAAAGUUCUAUUUUGGUUUCAUCUGACCAUACGACAUUCUCCCAAUCCUCUUCGGGAUCAUCCAAAUGCUCUCGAGCAAACUUCAGACGGGCUUGGACAUGUACUGGCUUAAGCAGGGGGGCUGCAGCUCAUUCACAAGUUCCCCCCCGUGUGGUUCUGGGAUUUUUGUUCACCGCUCUUGUGAUCAUUUUGACCCCACGGGGUGAGAUCUUACGUGGAGCCCCAGAUCGAGUGAGAUUAUCAGUGGUCUUGUAUGUCUUCCAUUUUCAAAUAACAGUUGAUUUCUUCACAGCAAGCUGCUUACCUAUUGCAGAUUCAGUCUUCCCAGCCUGGUGCAGGUCUACAAUUUUGUUUCUGGUGUCCUUUAACAUCUCUUUGGUCUUGGCCAUAGUGGAGUUUGGAGUGUGACUGUUUAAGGUUGUGAACAGGUGUCUUUUAUACUGAUAACGAGUUCGAACAGGUGCCAUUAAUGUAGGUAACGAGUGGAGGACAGAGGAGACGCUUAAAGAAGAAGUUCCAGGUCUGUGAGAGCCAGAAAUCUUGCUUGUUUGUAGGUGACCAAAUACUUAUUUCCACCAUAAUUUGCUAAUAAAUUAUUUAAAAGUCAGAAAAUGUGAUUUUUCUGGAUUCCUCCCCCCUCCCCUCAUUUGGUCUCUCAUAGGUGAGGUAUACCUAUGAUGAAAAUGACAGGCCUCUCUCAUCUUUUUAAGUGGGAGAACUUGCACAAUUGGUGGCAGACUAAAUACUUUUUUUGCCCCGCAGUAUACAAUACAAACACCUCUAACUACCAAAACUUUUACAAUUUCACUGCGAAAAUUCAUUAGGAAUGGGCAAACUAAUUGAUUAUUUGAUCAUAAAGUAGUCUGACAAUUGUGUGGCAUUGAUUGUUGCUCAAUGUGUAAUGAUGCAACGAGGAGCAAGGCACUGUUGAGUCUCUCGACUACUGAGUUGGAUGUCUAAAGUACAACAUGAGCUGGAAACGCCCCUGCACAUUAUUUGACGCAGUACAACAAUGGCAUGGAAAGAACUUUCAGAGCGAUAACCAUCCCGUUCUAUUCAAAACAUUUCCAAACAGUUAACCGAUUACUUCGUAGUUAAUUGUGCCAAUAGUCAAUCGAGGACAUUUUUGUUAAAUCCCUCAACAUAAUGCAGGUGACCAAAUACAAUAAAACAAGCAAGAUUACAACUAGCCUUUAUUUUUUUUUUGAUUCAGCCCCCCCACCCCCCACUUCCACAAAAUAAAGAAAAGUAAAAUCACACAAUUUUACAGUUCGUGCUUUUCAUUGGACAGAUAUAGUUUAUGACAAUUUUAAUAGAGGCCCGUCUUUGAUUUCACAGGUUCAAAGUAAACACUGUGCAGACAGACAAAGACAGUUGACUUUUUUGUAAUUAUGGACUUGUCCAACUAUGAGACAAGGGAGAAAGAUUGAAAUGGAAAAAAAAAUACAUCCAGCAUAAAACAAAUGAAUUAAUAAACUCUGUCCAUAAGCUACCAGUUCAGCACUGUCCACCAGUUACACUUUAGUGUAUUGUUCUUAUUAACUGAAAAACAAACACUAUGUUUGUUAGUGAAUUGCUUGUGUGUGUGUGUGUGUGUUUUUUUUUGUUUGUUUUUUUAAAUAAAACAAAGUUUUCUUUUGUUUUUGAAUGGAUUCAGUGCACAACGGGACAGGCUUUCUUCAUUGGAAAGCAAUGUUCUAUUUAUAGUCUACCGGUCACUUCAUAUUUUUUUUUCCUGACUGUGUGAGGUUUAAUGAACCGAAGCGUUGAUACUUUUAAAAGCUUUUCAUUUGCAUGUGUAUCUCCUUUCUUUGGACAGACAGUUCAACAAAUUAUGACAUGCAUCAGAAUAUUGGUUGUUUUUUAUAUAUCUAUAUAUAGAGAUAUAUAGAGGAAGGGUGAUAGUGCUUUUUCUGCUGUGCUAUGUGGACUGGCUCAUGUAAUUUUAGAUUUGUCUAAGAGGGUUCCAUGAUGAGACAUCCAUUCCUGUAUGUCAACGGGAGAAGACAAGAGGUGAGGGUGCAAGCUUUGUGCUCGUGUCUCGGAUCUGAGAGAAUUCACGUCACUGAACAUCGCAACACGUUCUGUGGAUCAUGCAUUCAUUUCAUUUUCUGUAUUAUACGUACCUUUGCCUCCCAUGCACAGUGAUACAAUAUGUACAUUGGUCUUGUCCUGGUAAUGCACAUUUCUGUAAAUACAAUUAAGCGUAAUGAGAUCCAACUGAAUGUGAAUUAAAGUUUUGAACGGUGA